CCCAGGCCCUUAUGAAAUUUUCCACAUGGACAAUUCGUUGAGGGUAAAGCGACUUUGUGUUGAGUAGAAAGUGUGAUCUUUCGAUAUUCUUCUUCGAUAUACCGGUGGCAGUUUGAAUUGUAUUAUGGUUUCUUCCUUGUAGUAAACGAACUGAGCCUGAAGUACUUAUUGAGAACAACAGACUUCCUCCUCUUGCUCCUUGGAAAUGUCGGACAUGGAUGACGAUUUCAUGUGUGAUGAUGAUGAAGAUUAUGACCUGGAGUACUCUGAAGACAGUGCCUCUGAGCCUGACGUGGAUUUGGAAAACCAGUACUACAAUUCCAAAGCCUUGAAAGAAGAUGAUCCUAAUGCCUCAUUGCAAAGCUUUCAGAAGGUUUUGGAUCUUGAAACAGAAAAAGGUGAAUGGGGAUUCAAAGCACUGAAACAAAUGAUCAAGAUCAACUUCAAGCUGGGCCAUUAUGAUGAGAUGAUGACCCGCUAUCAGCAGUUGCUCACAUACAUAAAGAGUGCUGUCACAAGGAACCACUCUGAAAAGUCUAUUAAUUCCAUCCUGGAUUACAUUUCAACUUCAAAGCAAAUGGAGUUGCUACAGAAUUUCUAUGAGACCACACUGGAAGCCUUGAAAGAUGCAAAGAAUGAUAGACUGUGGUUUAAGACAAACACAAAGCUAGGAAAGUUGUACUUUGACAGAGGGGAAUUCACUAAGCUGGCAAAAAUCCUGAAACAACUGCAUCAGUCUUGUCAGACGGAUGAAGGAGAAGAUGAUCUGAAGAAGGGAACUCAAUUGCUAGAAAUUUAUGCUCUGGAGAUCCAGAUGUACACAGCACAAAAAAAUAACAAGAAGCUUAAAGCUUUGUAUGAACAGUCCCUUCACAUCAAAUCUGCCAUUCCACAUCCUCUUAUUAUGGGGGUGAUCAGGGAGUGUGGUGGGAAGAUGCACUUACGGGAGGGAGACUAUGGAGCAGCUCACACUGAUUUCUUUGAGGCUUUUAAGAACUAUGAUGAGUCUGGAAGUGGAAGGCGCACAACUUGCCUGAAAUACCUUGUCCUGGCCAACAUGCUUAUGAAAUCUGGUAUCAACCCUUUUGACUCUCAGGAAGCAAAACCUUACAAAAAUGACCCAGAGAUUCUAGCCAUGACAAAUCUUGUCAGUGCCUACCAGAAUGAUGAUAUCAAUGAGUUUGAGAAAAUUCUCAAAACCAACCGCAAGAACAUAAUGGAUGAUCCCUUUAUUAGGGAACACAUUGAAGAUCUCUUAAGAAACAUCAGGACACAAGUGCUUAUCAAGCUGAUUAAGCCAUACACACGGAUCCACAUUCCAUUUAUAUCCAAAGAGUUGAACAUCGAUACAGAAGAAGUGGAAAGCCUUCUGGUACAAUGUAUACUUGACAAUACCAUUCAUGGCCGCAUUGAUCAGGUAAAUCAACUUCUUGAACUGAACAGAACAACACAGAGUGUUGAUAGGUUCCAGGGACUGGAUAGGUGGACCACACAGUUAAAUUCACUUCACACUACAGUUGUAAACAAGAUUGCCUAAGUGGCAAUUUACAUAAUCAACAGUCAAACAGACAAGUAACUGUUAAGCAGGUGCCAUAAAUCUUGCUGUAUAUGUGAGCUUCUUGGACACAUGUCUGUUGUUAAUAAAUGAAGGUUUGUGUGGUGAUUCCAAGUUAGAAGGCUCUAUUUUUAGGGUUUUUUUUUUUUUUUUCUUUUUUUUCAGUAUAUCACUUUUUUCUUAAAAUCAAUGUAGCAUUGGGAAAAAAAGAAAAUGAAUGGAGAUUGUUGUGAUUUACAAAGGCAAAACCAGUGAAAUAGUUGAGACAACAAUAAUGAAUGCCAGUAUUGGGAAUGUUAAACUUUGGUGUAUGGCUGUAGUUGUAGUUUUUUGAGGGAUCUUCUAGAAAACAUUUCAAACAUUUGGAACAAGCUUGUGGAACAGGCUAAGAGACAGUCAGUAAUUGUGAAUUCAUUAUUUGCAUGUGUAAUUUUACUCUGAGAUGAAGUCACUCUAGCCUCUUUAAAACAUUUUGUAUUUUUGUUAGAGGUACUUUAUCUGGCAAAAUAAUCAAUACAGUAAUACAAUAAAUGUUGUU